AUGAUCCACACGCAAGGGCAGAAAGAGGAAAAGGUGAAGAUGGAUCAAACGUUGCUGCUUUCUGUGCUGCUGAGUCAGCUGUGUUGGUCAGUGUCUCUGGACCUUCAGUACCACUUUAUAGAUAAGAAGAUGUCGUGGUCUGAGGCUCAGAGUCACUGCAGAGAGCAGCACACAGACCUGGCCUCAGUGAACGACAUGAAGGACCUGAAGAACCUGAAGGCUGCUGCAAACGGACGCACGGACGCCUGGAUCGGACUUCAUCAAACCAGUGACAACCUCACAGACAGGAAAUGGCACUGGUCUCAGCCCACAGUCAGAUACAAGGAAGGAGACUCUCCGUGGAAACAAGGGGAACCUAAUGAUGAUAGAGGAACUGAAAACUGUGGCAUGAUGGACAGUGAUGGCCUGUGGAAUGAUCAUUACUGUCGUACACCACAUUGUUUUAUCUGCUACAACGACUCCUCCAACACUACUGUCAUGAUCAAUGAUGCCACAAACCCAAGAACCUGGUUAAAGGCUCAGCAGUUCUGCAGAACUCACCACACUGACCUGAUGAGUGGACUGGACCAGUACAAACUGUUUCAGAAACAGAACCUUACGCUUCCUUCAAGGUGUUGGAUCGGUCUGUUCCGGGACACCUGGGGCUGGUCCGACAGAAGCGACUCCUCUUUCAGAAACUGGAACACAUGGGUAAAUCCGCAAACAAAGAAAUGUGCAGCACUGGGAGCCGAGGGCCGAUGGGAGAGCGACGACUGUGGACUAAAUAAAAGCUUCAUCUGUGAAGGAGCGCCUAAAACUAACCUUAAAGGCUCGUUUGUCCUGGUGAAGGAGAAUAAAACCUGGGAGGAGGCUUUGAUCCACUGCAGACACAACUACCGCGACUUGGCCUGGUCCAUCGACAUCGAAUCAUUGAAGCAAGAGGUCCAGGCUGACAUCAGAGACGCCAACAGUGAGUUUGUGUGGAUAGGGCUGCAUUUCGCCUGCUUCUUCGAGGCUUGGGUUUGGGUCGACGGCAAGUACGUCCCUGAGACCAACGACAACUGGAAGGAACGUGGAGGCAGCGAGUGUGGUCAUGUUGCAGCUGUGGAGAGAGGAGGAGACAAAAAGUGGGUCAAGAAGAAUUUUAUGGACAAAUACAACUUUAUCUGUAUGCGUCGCUAA